CGUUCUUGUUAUUGUUUCUCCAAUGACGGCAGUGCGGAUAAUGGUUUCUUAUGAUGGAGAAUGGGUUAAAUCACCGGAGACAGGCACUUUUAGGUUUGAUGGUUCUAAAGCAAAAGGAAUUUCAGUUCCCAAGAACAUUACUUAUGGGGAGCUAUUGGAUAGAAUAUAUUGCCUUCUUAAUCUUGACCACAAUGAAUUCUGGAUUAGUAUGAAGUUCUUGUAUGCCUCAAGCGUGCCUGUUGCUCCUGCUGAGAUUGUCAAUGACGAUGAUGUUAACUUUUUCAUUGGCGAAAACUCUAGUAAAGUCAAUCUCCGAACCCCACUAUGCGUCACUUUGGAGCGAAGAAGUUCCCAUGAUCAACAAGUUGCUUAUGGAGAGGGAAGCAGCCAAACAUUUAAUAUUAUGCCUGAAACACAAGAACAGACCUGUGAACCAAUUUGCCUCCUCACUGGAAUCGAAGAAAAUGAACCGAGCUUUUGCGUCAACAAUGAGCAUGAAGACGAUGAUGGAACAUCAUCCGCAAAAUUAGCUCCUGAAGAUGUUGAGCCUCAAAUUGGUGUAGGACAGCCCCAAAGCACCGGUAACGCUACUCUUGUUGAUCCCAUCACUACUGUUGGUCCUGCUACUGCUGCUGCUCGCUCUUCUCAGCCCCAAGCUUCACACAAGCCUGUGCAGUGGGUAACCACGAAAGAAGACUUAACUGCGAGUUUUACUAUUCAGCAAAAAAACGACGUGAGUUUGAAUUCUAGUUUUGCCAAGCAUUCUGACGAGUUAGAAGUAAGACAAGUGUUCUCGAGUAAGAAGGAGUUGCAAGAAAAGUUGAGUAUGCUUGCAAUUAGGAAAAAUUUUGAGUACAAAGUGGAGAGGUCAUGUAAAAAGUUCUUGGUAAUAUCGUGCAUAGACGAGAAUUGCCAAUGGAAACUCCGGGCAUGCAGGUAUCGAGACAACACAUCUUUCCAAAUAAGAAAGUUUGUGAAAGAUCAUACUUGUUCAAUAGAAAGUCGUUACAAUGUUCAUAGGCAAGCUAGUAGUUGGGUUAUUGGCCAACAUAUGAAGUCCAAGUGUCAAGGCACCGAUCGAACUUAUAAGCCAAAGGAGAUCAUUGAAGAAGUGAGAAAAGAAUUUGGGGUGAACUUGACUUAUGAGAAGGCUUGGAGGGCGAGAGAAAUUGCUCUUAACUCUGACGGUGGCACAUAUAAGCGACGCGCAAGUGGAUUGUCAAGUGGAAGGCCAAAGAAGCGAAAGGAACCGUCAGCUGGAGAAGAUCAAACUGCUCAGCAAAAGGAACCGUCAACUGGUGCGGAUCGAACUAUUCGAAAAUGCAGGAAAUGUGGUGAGGUUGGACAUUAUAGCAAAACUUGUGCAACUUCUAUCGUGGCAACCCCAAGUAGUAUUUCUGGUGGUGAAACUCAAGAUAAAGUAGCUGAAAAUUAGGUUUAGGAGGCUGAAACAUUUAUAGGGACCUGUAUAGCUGAACGUUCUUUGCACUUCAGAACUUGAAGUUUGACUACUAGAAACUGUGAAGAUUUUAGGUUUUAGUUUUGACAAAUUCAACCUGUUAAAAGGGUUUCUUUUUAUCUAGCAAAAAUGAAAAUCUUUUUAUUAUUGAAUGUGUAAUUUGGUGGGACGGUGAGAUUGCUCAAUUAGUAAUAAGCAUUUGAAAUGAAUAUGAAGAGUAGAAAUACAUUGAUAUGAAAUAGGUCAAUGUAAU